UCUUGUUGGUUCGCUGGUAAACUUGUGCCGCGAGUUUUAUUCUUCAACAAAUGCACAGCUACUGAUGUACGUGUUUGCUAACGUUAGCUAAGCUAAAAGCUACCGCGGUGUGACAUUCGCUAUAGGUCUCUUCUUCCCUGCUUCUUCACAAGAUGUCAGUGGAUGAAGACGAAACGCAACAGAGGUUAAAGGCCGCGCUACACUACACUGUUGGCCGAAUGUGUCAGAAGCUGGGAGAGGAGCACCACCGACAGUUCAGUAGACAAGUCAUAGCAGCGAUAGCCGAGACAACGUUCAGACAAUGUGAUAUAUUUGCUAAAGAUCUAGAGGCCUUUUCAAGGCAUGCUAAAAGAAGCACAGUAUCUGCAGAAGAUGUGAAACUUUUAGCUCGUCGCAGUACUUCACUGUCAAUCUACAUACAAAAUAAAAGUGAAGCACUGAACCAGGAUCUGAAAAAGAAAAAUACCGGGAAGAAGAAAAGCAGAGACACUGAAGAGGAAAGCAGAGAAUGAGUUCAAGACAUUGGCAGGCCUUCAGUGUCCCUCUUGUGCCGAGCUUUCAUAUGAACAUACACAAUGUGUGCCAGUUGUUUUUGUAUAUUACGCUUAAGUUAUGGGUUAUGCUUAAGUUUCAGCAUAAAUGUAUUAAUAAAAUGUUCACAUUUUCAUCAAGCUGGAAAUAAAUAAAAAAAUGAAAACAAGCCUAA